AUGGCUCUCUGCACCAUCAUCAUCCUCAACCGCUCAUCCCGCCCCCGGAUGCCGGGUCGUGCCCACGCGGAGAGAGAGAGAGGGUUGGGGCGCCAGCGGAACCCCCAAAUCAAUGUCAUCCCAUCUCUAUCGCCUGAAGAGGAAAACUUGAUGCAGAUUGAAGAUGAGCUUCCUAAUCAGCAAGCUUUUGCUCUCCCCCAACCCUUAGCUCGUGAUCAAGAACUACCUGAAAUCAAUUGGGAUGAAAAGAUACCUCUUGACCAACUAGUUGGGGCUCAUGACAUUGAACUUCCGGAGAAUUUAGAUGUGGAGGAACCUAUACAGAACCUUCCUGUACAGGAGCAGCAGAUCCCUACCCAGAACCUGAACAUUGGUAUAUGGUUGUUCUAG